UUAAACCGGAAAACGAGUUCAUUUGUCCUCGUAGGCUACUUAAAUCAGCAUGAAGCAGGCACAAUUUGAAAAUAACUUGUAUCCGUAUAUCAGCAAUGCUUCACUUGUGUUAUGUUUUCGGGUAUAAAUUUGUAUUUAAUAAGCAAACUAUGGUCAACAUUUAUCCGCGGAAAAGAGAGGUUUGUUUAUAUCCGCUCCACCGGCUAGCUUGUUAGCGCGGAAGCCGAGAAAGGAUCCACCUGUCCUCUCAAGGCAGCUAGCUUUAGCUUGUUGAUGGCACACAAUUUAAAAGUGCAACCGGAAGACUGUUUUUCACCUAAAUGCCCGUACGCGGACCAAGCAUGAAUGGCUUUUCUCUCAGCGAACUAUGUUGGCUCUUCUGUUGUCCACCGUGUCCAAGUCGCAUCGCGGCCAAACUAGCCUUUCUCCCCCCGGAACCCACGUACUCUGUGCAUACGGACAGUAAUGGAGUUCCUAGCUUACAUUUAAGCGAGCGGGCGGACUGGCAGUACUCCCAGCGUGAAUUAGACGUCGUGGAGGUGUUUAGCACCAGGAGUAGCCGGGGUAACCGGGUGGGUUGCAUGUUCGUGCGCUGUGCUCCCAACGGCCGCUACACUCUCCUGUUUUCCCACGGGAACGCCGUGGAUUUGGGACAGAUGUGCAGUUUUUACAUCGGCCUCGGCUCCAGAAUCAACUGCAACAUCUUUUCCUACGACUACUCGGGCUACGGAGUCAGCACCGGAAAACCCUCUGAGAGCAACCUGUAUGCGGACAUCGAGGCGGCCUGGCAGGUCUUGACGAGCAAAUAUGGUGUAUCGCCUGAGAACAUCAUCCUAUAUGGUCAGAGCAUUGGCACCGUGCCCACCAUCGAUUUGGCCGCUCGCCAUGAAUGCGCCGCCGUCAUCCUGCACUCUCCACUCAUGUCGGGCCUGCGAGUGGCGUUCCCCGCCACGCGCAAGACCUACUGUUUCGACGCUUUUCCCAGUAUUGACAAGGUGUCCAAGGUGGUAUCUCCCGUGCUGGUGAUCCACGGCACAGAAGAUGAAGUCAUUGAUUUCUCCCACGGUUUAGCCAUGUAUGAGCGCUGCCCCCGUGCCGUGGAGCCCCUUUGGGUGGAGGGAGCGGGCCACAAUGACAUCGAACUCUAUGCGCAGUACCUGGAGAGGCUCAAACGCUUCAUUUCCUUUGAGCUUCCCACAUCCUGAGCCAGGGUUCAAGUCCCCCUUUCCCGACUUCUCUUGAGCAAGCACGGACAGCGCUGGAGUCGACACCUGCCUGUCCUUGGAGACAGUUGGUGACAGGUAUGAAGGGUGUCAUGGAAGAGGAGGUUGGUAAAGUGCGUGUAACCUUGCCGCUGCUCGUACUGUACAUGUGGACCCAAUUUGACGAGCCUUAGGCCUCAAAAGCAGCUGCUUCUCAAUCCAAAGUCCUUUCCUUGGUUCCUUCCCUUGGUUCCUUCAUUUGGUCCAACCAUGAACUUCCAACUAUGUUGCAUCCCUGCCGACCAAGCUGGAUUUUUCUAUUCUUUUGUACUCAAACAGGACGAAUCCAUUUGUACUUCCUAUUUUGAAGUUAUUCUACAGGGUUCAUCAAACACUUGAAUCGUGCGUCUACUUUCAGGUUUGAAUUCCGUGUACAGGAAUGGACUUUUAUCUUGUAGCAUUCCUGGUUUUUAUUUUUUUUCAGUGGAUAUGUUGGAUGCUUCAAUGUUGGAUGGUCUGAAUGAUGCCACCACAUAUCUCAACUUUACAGCUGUGAUUUUUUAUUUUUUUAGCCCUGAUGACUGCUGCUCAGUCAGUGAUCAAUACGAAAUAAGUCGACUUACCUCAACACAACCAUCAAGACAAGUAUCGAUAUUGCUUGUGCUGCUGAAAAGCCAAGCCUGACUGCUUGCUAGCUUUUCCCUCUCGAAGUUGCAAUUUCGGUUGUUGUCCAUUUUUUGACCGCGUACCUCCUUUAUCCUUCGCCUUACAGUGACUACGGCGCAGACUUACACCUGCUGCUAUUUUGCUUUUGGGUAAGUGAUGGGGGUGUGACGGUACACCAUUGUAUGGGUGGGGCAAAGUGGGUACCUUGUGCAAAGUGGGUAUUUAUCCCAUAUAUUGCUAGUCACAGAAGUUACGUUUGUCCCAGAAAUGGCGGGGGGAAAAAACAAAUUAGACCUCCAUACUCGUACUCAAAAAUAACAUAAUCACAAACAUAAUAAAAAAUAAUCCAAAAUGUGAAACACACAAUGCCUGUAUAGUAUUACACACAUACAUGCAAAACGAUAACAUUUUAUGUUACUCAGCAUACUUUGCGGGUUCUAAAUGAUUGUAUUUGUACUCACAUAGUCUGUGGUACAGUUACAUUGUGUGUCCCACAUGUACUAUUUUUGGCCAUACGUGACUAAGGGUGCCAAUAUAAAAACGAGUCACUGCGUCAUUCUUGAGCAAGUUGACGUUUUCGUCGACUCGCUUCCUGCGCGACUCAAAAAUCCGAAUGCUGAAACCACCGUAUUACCAUUUUCAUCUUCGACUGCCACUUUUUCUAGUCAAAUUCCAACUUUCCUCAUCGUAUUACCAUUAUGUUAUUCUAAAAUUAGUAUUUCCUGUAAAAUUGUGACUCCUCAAAAUAUCACAGCUGUCAUCUUGUAAAAUUUAAUGUGAAAUCUCAAUUUUUCUCUUAAUAUUGUGACUUCUUUGAUCUUGUACAAGUCUAAAAUAAAAAGACAUUAGCGUUCUUGUUUUUAAGUAAAGUGCAAGGAUGUAUUUGAACCUUUUACAUAUUUCACUGGGGAGGCCUGAUUUCUCCUUGGCAUUAUUGUCAGCCAUGACAUCGCUGGCCUGCACUGUAUUUGUUUACACAGUAGACACCAUAAACACUUCCUGUCUUCCACUUUGUAAUUAGUGCUGUGUGGGGAAAUUGAAGGUAUUGCACUGAAAAACGCAAUUACGCAGUUACACCCCUAAGUUGUCAAUCAGUCAAUCACUGUGAAAGCUUGGAAAAAGAUGUAAAGUGUCCCGUACCAUCUUGCAAUACUUUCCUCCAAAAGUCUUACUUGCUGAGCCACUGUGGAAGUUUUUCCCAGGCUGAAACUCCAAAGAUGUGAACGUAACACUUUAAAGAGGAAAGAAGAACCACAGCAGUAACUUCUUUCCCGUCGACUGUUUUUACCGCAUUUCACAAAAAAAACCCACUAUAAAGUUGAAUAAUGAAGUAUUUUUCUCAUAUCCACGUCGUUUCACUUCCGAUCCAAUCUCAGUACCGGAAUAGCUGGAAUAAAAUGACGCUGGUAUAGGAAGCCAAUAUUGAUAGCGGACGGAUGGGAUCGACCACGUUCUUCAUCAUGUUAGUCUUAACUUUGCUGUAUUUGCUUGAAUUUGUCUUUGAAAGGAUUUGAUGGCACCUUGUCAGUGGUAAUUGUUUUGCUAGUUUUUAGAUUAGAAAUGUUGCUAGGUUGACACUGUAGCAGUUAAAGCCACAUUUGAUUGUCUUGUGUACCAUCCUGAUAUUCUGUAGUCUGACACUGGAAUCAGCGUUAUGCAAAUAUGAAGCAGAUGGAAGGAGAAUGCAAUAUGCCUUAAACAGAUGCUUUUCUAAUUGUUGCAAAACAAGCAACACAAUGUAUCUUUUAACACUUUAAAUGGAAUAAAGACUGCAUGAAAGAAAAUAA